GGCGUGUGCAAUCUUUAUAAAUCGCGCCAGCAGGUGGAAACUGCAUUUUUCAUAAUUUCUAUCUACAUAAUCAACUGUCAAACAACAAUUGUCAUCAAUCAUGUCUGAUCAACCCAUCAUCCGCAUAGCCACAGAGGAGGACGUCCCCACCAUCCUCCAAUUCAUCCGCGAGCUGGCCGACUACGAAAAAGCACUGCACGAAGUCGAAGCUACACAUGAAUCCCUGCUCGCCACACUCUCUUUCCCCGGCUCACCGCCCAAAAAAGGUUCAACCUACACAGCGCUGAUCGCGCCGCCCGAAACACCGGACAAGCCCGUCGGCAUGGCGUUGCAUUUCUACAACUACUCAACGUGGCGGUCAGCGCCGGGUAUAUACCUCGAAGACCUGUACGUGCAGCCAGCGUCGCGUGGGAAAGGGUACGGGUUUCGGUUGUUGAAGUUUUUGGCGAAGGAGGUCCUAAAUAUCGGCGGGCGCAAGCUCGAGUGGAGUGUGCUCAAGUGGAAUGAGCCGAGUAUCAAGUUCUACAAGUCGGUUGGCGCAACGGCCAUGGAGGAGUGGGAGAAGAUGAUGGUGGACGGGGAGGCGUUGACCAAGCUGGCGGCGGAUGUGUGACGUCGAUAAAAUAAUUAUAAUUAAAUAAACAACUGAAUUGAAAUACUAAAGAACAAA